AUGAGUGAAGAAACAUUGUCAUCGUCUGGACGCAGACAGACCUCGCGCACACUGUACCCAGAUCUCCAUUCAGCACACGCGCAGAUCCUAGGCCGGAGACCAGCGAGCCCUUUGCAAACACCUCCCAGCCCGAAGGAAACACCUCCCAGCCCGAAGGAAACACCUCCCAGCCCGAAGGAAACACCCCCCAGCCCGAAGGAAACCCGCUUCCCUCUCAGUCCAUCCAGCAUUUCAAGCGAAGAAGACGAGCAGGAUGAAUUUGACCUGUUGCCGUUGCCGUUUGGAAGUGACGAUAUACCACUGAAGGAUCUAUCGUGUCGACGAGUACAGUCGGCACAGGGAGUUCUUCGUGAGGCCGAUCACCAUGAGGAGUCCAGCGCUAUCCUCGAAACCUCCGACGAGGCUGAGCCUGUGGGACCCAAUGAAGGCAGAUUCUCUUCCACGCUCGACGAGAUCGUUUCUCAUUAUGCCGAAGGGCCAGCUGACGGUUCGUCUUCGUUGCCUGUCAUGCAUCCAAACUCCGGUCAAGGCUUUGCAAAUCCAGAGAUCGCUCAUCCCCAACCGGUUCGCCGUGUCCAUGUUCACCGCGACAGCGGAGGCAAUGCUUUCGAGCCACCUAUCAGAGGCCAUUUCCCCAGUGGCCCACCUGACGAAGGGCAGCAGGAACAAGAGGAUCGGCCUUUGAGAAGUAUUGCAGACUUUGAGGAGGAUGACGGGGACUGGGAGACUGUGCCAGAGAGCAGUCGUAGCGGCUUUCUAACCCCUUCCAGAUUGCGCUUCCGUUUGACAAGAGAGACUCUGGAGGAUUCAAACUCGACUUUCGUCAGCAAAACCCCUGCAACACCAUGGGACCCUCUGUCAUCCUCACGACGAACCCACCUUGAACCUGGUCCAGCUCUGACACGUCGUCCUCAUCUACACGGUCGACAGCGAACACAAAUUCCCCCUUUGAACCCUCUGAACAGAGACGACGGCCGCAGCAGUGGGACUCAACAAAGACGGCAGAUAGUCACGCAAACCACGGCCAAACCAAGUUUGAUGGAAGCAAGUUCACACCGCGCCUCUCAUUCUGCCAGCACCCCCGGUGGCCCACGAAUUCAGUCUCCACGAAUUCAGUCUCCACGCCACCCGCGCCCAUCACCUCUACACUCUUCAACACGUCUCACUUCUCACAAAACCUCACUUUUCCCUUCAAGUUCCUCGCCUGAUCACAAUCCUAUCAGCGCUCUUCCAUCAAGCUCCUUAUUUCCUCGGGCUCUUGCCAGGGAGUUGACUCAAGCCCACGGUGACCAAAGCGGUCACUUCGAUACUGCAAGUCCAGGACGCACCCUCGACCGACAACGCAAGGGUGACGAGUUUGGAAAGAUGGCCGCCACAGACGGAUCUCACAAGCGUCUCCUUGCCCUGCAACUUCGCGAAGGCACCUACGGGUCGACCGAUGCAGAAAUCUCUCGAUUUUUGCGAGAUACUCAACACCUCCGGGCAGACACCGCGGCCGACAGAAGCUCAAUGUAUUCAAGCCACAGCAAUGUCAACGCGGCCCAGUACAAUCAUUCCGCACAUGGCACCUCGGCCUCGCUUCUCCCGGCUACAGGCCAGCGCCUGACAUUCCCGCUUGAGCAAGCGCAACGCUCCGUCGACAUCCAGCGCCGAGCUGGUCGGUUUCUUCUGGUGGCCUGCAUGGCGACAUUUUGGGUUGGUGGUUUCGUGUUGGCCCACGACAUGGGCAGAGAUGGCACCUUGGCCGGUGAGGCAAUGGCGGAGAUGACGAGAUGGCUCUCGGGGCGGGAGGACGGUGUCGUUGGCCGCGUCCACCCCGAGGACGCUCGACUGGCCCGCGCAGUCGAGGAGGUCGGCCUGUUGGUGGCGGUUGCGGCGAUGUUGGGCUGCGUUGGUGUUUUGGUCUGGGCUGCCACCAACUGA